AUGGAGCAUGACUAUGUUAGAAGACCAGUUGUACUACAGAAGAUGCAACUGGAAGCAAAAAGGCUAUUUACAUUUGAUAAGAGAAAGAAUUAUAAUGAAGAGAGAAAAAGUGAUUUAAAAUAUUUCAAACACAAAAAUUCUUUAAGAAUGUCUGAGUGUCAAUUUAAACAGCAUAUAAUAUUUCCUCCUCAUCCUAAAAAAGUUAUUUUACCAAUAAUUGAAAAUAAUAUAAUGCUACUAGCUGGUAUUGGGCUUUCCUUAUUGAACACAGAUAUUGUAUCUAUUAAUAAAAAUUUGUUGGAUAUAAUUUCAUUAAGGUCAUUCACAUCUAUAAUUAUUAUACCCUUCAUAUUAUUGGAGAUUUACCUUUUGAAAUCGGAAAUUACUGGAUAUUUGGUUGGUUCAUAUUCUUACUCAAGGCUACUUUGCGAUAAUUCAAAGAUAAUUAAACUUCUAAUUUUUUGGAUGAGCAUCUCUAGUAUUGCAUUUAUUUUACAGGUAUUUAUGGAAUCAUUAAUUCAAAAGGAGUUUAUAUUUCUAUGCCAACCUUUUUUACCUCUUUCUACUUUAUUUAUACUUCUAAUUAUUGUAUUCUUGCUUAGAGAAAAAGAAUAUACGAAAAUAUCUAGUCAAAAUAUUACAAACGAAUUGAAACAACCUAAUGAAGAAUAUAACGUGUUAGAUAAAAUAAAUAUGGAGAUUCUUAAUUUGAGGAAUGAUUAUAAAACUACUCACUUAGUUAAUCCUGUUUCAUUUCAACAAUUUACUUCAUUAAUACUAUGCUUUUUAGCAACCUUUAUGUUGACACCUAUACAUGCUAUAUUGGAAAUAUUAUUAGAGAAUAAAUUAUCUAAAUCAACAUAUUUGAGCAUGAUACCUCUACUAAUUAUACCUGUAAUACACGACAUUUUAUUUCACUUAAUGUGCAAUAAGAUAUAUAAAGAAAUUUUUCAAUUCUACAAUGAUAAUGUAAGAUUAACCAAUGAAGUCAAGUCAGUGGAUUUGAGUAAAAAGUUAUGUCAUGCCUAUAUUCAUUUAUUUAUGACGUUUGGACAGGUACUUAUAGUUUUCCCAUGCUUCAUUUUAUUUAGAAUAUUAUUGCAAAACAACAUAGGAGUGAAUAUCAAUAAUUUAUUUUUAGUUAUAAGUAGUACAUUUGACUUAGGUAUAAAGGAAACAACGGCAAUUAUUUUUUCAACGAUUGCUAUUAUUGGAUUUUAUCAAAGGUGCAAAAUUAAUACAACUGAAGCAUAUGGAAUAUUUGGAUUAGUUUCAAUGAAAACAUUACAAAUGGUACUUGAAAUAUGUAUAAGAAGCGAGAAUAUAACAAUUAGUAGAAUAUUAUUGAGUUUAUCUAUAGUCAUAUUUUCAGUUGGACUACUAAGAAUACAGUAUAUAGUUUCAUUUUUCAAAAUAAUCUAUUUUUAUUUUAAAUGGUUUUUAGAUAAUAAUAAAGUGAAAGGGGAUAUUAGUUAUCAACGAAUUAUAUUUAGAAAUCAAAUUUGCGAUCAAUCAAAAGUAAAUCAAAGCUCAUCCACUUUUACCAGAUCAGUAGCAUCUACUUUUAAGAAUUAUGAGAAUUGUACUAUUGCAGAAGAUAUUCCACUUUUUAGCGAUGAGGAUUCAAAGUUGAAAAGUGAGAAUUUGCUUGAAUAUAACUCUUUUAAUUUGAAUAAUUUAAAAAGUAAGAAAGCAAUUGCCUAUGACAAAGAGAAAGAAUAUCUAAAUGAUGAAAAAGUGCAUUUAGAGGUACCAAAAAUGGCUGCAAAAAUUGUUAUUUUGGCAACAAAUUGCAAGCAAUAG